CCACCCAUGUGUGGAGAGAGGAAGUGAUCGGUGAACCGGAACGGUAAAGGCGUGGCAUGGAGUGAAAUUGGGGAUGCUUUGUGCUAUUUUAGAGAUUGCUAAUAGAAAUAAAAUUUUGUCCUAUUCGCAUUCCCAUCUUAACGGAAUAAAGGCCGCUAUUCUGGGUGCGUCUCCGUUCUCCGAAGCAAAGAGAAGAGCAAAAACAAGAGAUGGGCCUUCUUGGGUUAGACUUCACUUUCGCUGCUUUUUCUUGUUCUCGUCCAUCGAUUCCAACUAGUAACCGAAUCUCAUUCCUAUCAAGCUUCAACUUACGAUUUCCAGUUCGUGAGGUCUGCUUUAGGGAGAAAAGUGGAAUUGUAAAUUCAAGGAUUUCUUGUUUCUCUGCAACUGUUGGGGAAAAGCCGAAAAUCGUGAAAGAAAAAACCGUUUCGGUUAUUCUUCUGGCUGGAGGGAAGGGUAAGCGGAUGGGUGCCAGCAUGCCAAAGCAGUACCUUCCGCUCUUAGGCCAACCAAUUGCAUUGUAUAGCUUUUACACUUUCUCCCGCAUGAUUGAAGUAAAGGAAAUUGUUAUAGUUUGCGAUCCCUCCUAUAAGGAUAUCUUUGAAGACACAAAAGAGAAAAUCAAUGUGGAACUUAAGUUUGCCCUACCUGGGAAGGAAAGACAAGAUUCUGUUUACAGUGGACUCCAGGCUGUUGAUUUGGCCUCCGAGCUUGUUUGCAUCCAUGAUUCUGCAAGACCUCUGGUAUCUUCAGAGGAUGUAGAAAAGGUUCUUAAAGAUGGUUGGCUGAAUGGAGCGGCUGUACUUGGUGUUCCAGUUAAAGCUACUAUAAAAGAGGGAAACAGUGAGUCUUUUGUUGUCAAAACCUUGGACAGGAAAACACUAUGGGAAAUGCAGACCCCCCAGGUUAUCAAACCUCAGUUGCUCAGAAAAGGUUUUGAGUUGGUAAAUAGUGAAGGUCUUGAAGUGACUGAUGACGUGUCUAUCGUGGAGUACCUUAAACAUCCUGUGUAUAUAACUGAAGGAUCUUACACCAACAUCAAGGUCACAACCCCAGAUGAUAUAUUACUCGCAGAGAGAAUAUUGAGUCUGAACUCUGUGAAGUCUUCUGCAUAAAAUUUCAUUUGUUGCUUUUAUAUCUUCAUUUUUCUAAUUCCUUGGUUCAUCAUUCUGCCAAUACAUACAAUUAGGCGUAACUUCUAUAUUUAUAUAUAUAUAUAUAUAUAUAUAUUUGGGAUUAUUUUGUUGUA